GUGCAGAGAUUAAGGGUCAAGGAGUUGUUCGUCCUCCAUCCCCGACCACUGCUUCCUGAACCUCGACACCAUGUCGGAGGUCGGAGGUGGGGGAGGGAAUGGAUCGUAAGUCACCCAUAUAGUCUGCUUCAUUUGCAGCCCAGAGAGGCAGGGAUUUGAGGAUGGAGGGCUUUUGGGCUGUUUUUCGUGCAUCUGCGCUACCAUUUGGCUAGAGGUCUUAAGUGACCCGAGGCACAUCCUACUUUACUAUCCGGAUAUGGGGUCCCAUGUUACGUUAGAGCCGAGAUAGGAGUUAUCACUGGCUUUUCAGUAAAGCUGUAUUCUGCGGGGAGGGGACGGGAGUAUAGAAAGGGUCAAAGCCAUGGGCUGCUAUCUUUCAUUCAUUUGUUUACCCAAUAGAUACUAAGUAUUUGUACCAAACACGAUGCCAGGUACUGGGGAUACGAUGGCUGAUUCGAUAGAUCCGGUUCCUGCCCUCAGUGUAUAUACUGCUCCCCACUUUCGUUGAUGUGGUAGUGGUGAUGACUGAGACAACCACCUAAUGUGGAAAUGAGAGGACAGCAAGAUUGUGGGUCCAGCCUGUGGUGUCCACAAUGCCCCAGGCCUCUGAGCACCGCCUGGGCCGGACCCGAGAGCCACCUGUUAAUAUCCAGCCCCGAGUGGGAUCCAAGCUACCAUUUGCCCCCAGGGCCCGCAGCAAGGAGCGCAGAAACCCAGCCUCUGGGCCAAACCCCAUGUUACGACCUCUGCCUCCCCGGCCAGGUCCCCCUGAUGAACGGCUCAAGAAACUGGAGCUGGGACGGGGACGGACCUCAGGCCCUCGUCCCAGAGGCCCCCUUCGAGCAGAUCAUGGGGUUCCCCUGCCUGGCUCACCACCCCCAGCUGUGGCUUUGCCUCUCCCAUCUCGGACCAACUUAGCCCGUUCCAAGUCUGUGAGCAGUGGGGACUUGCGUCCAAUGGGGAUUGCCUUGGGAGGGCACCGUGGCACCGGAGAGCUUGGGGCUGCACUGAGCCGCUUGGCCCUCCGGCCCGAGCCACCCACUUUGAGACGUAGCACUUCUCUCCGCCGCCUAGGGGGCUUUCCUGGACCCCCUACCCUGUUCAGCAUACGGACAGAGCCCCCUGCUUCCCAUGGCUCCUUCCACAUGAUAUCCGCCCGGUCCUCUGAGCCUUUCUACUCUGAUGACAAGAUGGCUCAUCACACACUGCUUCUGGGCUCUGGUCAUGUUGGCCUUCGAAACCUGGGAAACACGUGCUUCCUGAAUGCUGUGCUGCAGUGUCUGAGCAGCACUCGACCUCUUCGGGACUUCUGUCUGAGAAGGGACUUCCGGCAAGAGGUGCCUGGAGGAGGCCGAGCCCAAGAGCUCACUGAAGGUGGGAGAGCUGGAGGCUAUGGGAUUUCUCUCUGGCCGUGUCUGGGGGUAGGGCCAAGCAAGGGCCCUGGCAGCAUUGUUCUGGGCCUUGAGAUGUUCUUCAUCCGGGAAGUGGGGACCGAUAUCUGGGCAGGGAAUAGUGUUUGUGGACUAGGAGAGGAGUCAGUUGCCCAUACUCUGUCUGGCUGUAGCCAGCAGGAUGCCCAAGAGUUCCUGAAGCUCCUCAUGGAGCGGCUACACCUUGAAAUCAACCGCCGAGGCCGCCGGGCUCCACCAAUACUUGCCAAUGGUCCAGUUCCCUCUCCACCCCGCCGAGGAGGGGCUCUGCUAGAAGAACCUGAGUUAAGUGAUGAUGACCGAGCCAACCUAAUGUGGAAACGUUACCUGGAGCGAGAGGACAGCAAGAUUGUGGACCUGUUUGUGGGCCAGUUGAAAAGUUGUCUCAAGUGCCAGGCCUGUGGGUAUCGCUCCACGACCUUCGAGGUUUUUUGUGACCUGUCCCUGCCCAUCCCCAAGAAAGGAUUUGCUGGGGGCAAGGUGUCUCUGCGGGAUUGUUUCAACCUUUUCACUAAGGAAGAAGAGCUAGAGUCGGAGAAUGCCCCAGUGUGUGACCGAUGUCGGCAGAAAACUCGAAGUACCAAAAAGUUGACAGUACAAAGAUUCCCUCGAAUCCUCGUGCUCCAUAUCCUAAUCUUCAGAUUCUUACUUCUCUUAGGAUACCUCCCAUACAUUCUCUUUCCUCACCCUCCAUGUUUCCAGAGAAUUGAAUUUUCCUUAGGAAAAGCCUGCCACCCACUUUUCCACAAGCUGCUCCCAGUGUGUUGGGAGUGGGGAGAGGACAGCUUUCAGGAUAGAAGAAGUCCCCCUCAGAGGCCCACUGCCUCCCAAAUGCUCCUUAACCAGGGCUUAGAUCUGAAUCGAUUUUCUGCCUCCCGAGGCUCCAUCAAAAAAAGUUCAGUAGGUGUAGACUUUCCACUGCAGCGACUGAGCCUAGGGGACUUUGCCAGUGACAAAGCCGGAAGUCCUGUAUACCAGCUGUAUGCCCUUUGCAACCACUCAGGCAGCGUCCACUAUGGCCACUACACAGCCCUGUGCCGGUGCCAGACUGGUUGGCAUGUCUACAAUGACUCUCGUGUCUCCCCUGUCAGUGAAAACCAGGUGGCAUCCAGCGAGGGCUACGUGCUGUUCUACCAACUGAUGCAGGAGCCACCCCGGUGCCUGUGACACCUCUAAGCCCUGGCACCUGUGAAGCCCUUUAAACACCCUUAAGCCCCAGGCUCCCCGUUUACCUCAGAGACGUCUAUUUUUGUGUCUUUUUAAUCGGGGAGGGGGGAGGGGGUGGUUGUAGCUCCAUUAUUUUUUUUAUUAAAAAAUACCCUUCCACCUGGAGGCUCCCUUGUCUCCCAGCCCCAUGUACAGAACUCACCAAGCCCCUGCCCAUGUACAGCCCCCAGACCCUCUGCAAUAUCACUUUUUGUGAAUAAAUUUAUUAAGAAAAAA